GCUGAGUAAUGGAUACAUACACACACACACACACACACACACGUGGACGGACACACACACACGUGGACACACACACACGUGGACACACCGGUAACAGUGUGUGUAAGUCAUGGUGGAAGUGUUUGGCUGUAAACAGAAGAGAGCUUCCUCUGAGUCCUUGUGUGAUGUGGUGUGUAAGAGGUUGAAGGUGAAUGGAGAACAUGGUGAACUCCAGAGGUUACAGGAUGAGGAUGAGGCCACGCCCCCCCGUCUCUCUCGCCCUGAUGACCAGCUGUGUGACAGGAUCAGUGUGAGGGACGUGUCUGAGUUACUGCAGUACAUCACACUGAGGAAACACCACGACGUGAAGAAACCCAGUUGGUGUCGUCUCCAUCAGGAGGACCGGGUGGAGCAGGUACAUGUGGCUGUGCUGGAAGGCGUGGCCCAGCUCCACUUCUACACACACUACACUCAGUUUAAACACCUCCGCUCCAAGUACACCACCAGAUGUACCCUCGUGCCCUCCUCAGGGGACGUCCUGUCCGAACUGUUCGACUCUGACCUCUCGGCUGUGGGCAGUUCAGCUGGGUCCAGUUCUGCUCUCCGCAGAGUGCCACCUACAGAUGAUGUGGGUCACCACCCAGUGGUCCGGCGCUAUGGUAUGAAGAGGAAGGGGUUGAGCAGCUACCUGCUGACCGAGCAGGAGAGGAUGAAGAAGAACUUCCCUGUGAAAGGUGGGCGGGGAUUCGAGUCAUUUGUCUGCACACAGGCCGAUGAUCACGUGACUGACCGCAGCCCGCUGUAUGGUCUGGACUGUGAGAUGUGUCUCACACAGGAAGGGCCAGAGCUGACCCGUGUCGCCGUGGUGACCAGCAGCGGGGAGUGUGUGUUAGACGAGCUGGUGAAGCCAUAUAACACCAUCAUCAACUACUGCACCAAGUUCUCAGGGAUCACUCGCUCCAUGCUGAAGAACGUUACUACCAGACUUGAUGAUGUUCAGAUGAAACUCCUGACUCUGUUGCCAGGAAACGCAGUGCUGGUCGGCCACUCCCUCGACAACGACCUGCGCGCCCUCAGACUGAUCCACCCACAUUUGAUUGACACAUCACUGCUGUACCUCAAAGAGUUUGGACAGAGAUUCAAGCUGAAACUUUUAGCCCAAGUCAUUCUGAAGAGGGAUAUUCAGUGUGAACAGAGGAGAGGUCAUGACCCGUGUGAGGACGCUCGUGCUGCUCUGGACCUCGCUCAAUAUUUCAUCAACAACGGACCGAGACAGGUUGUUGAAUGUCAUCUUCAGGAUCUUUGGGGUGUUGAACCUUUUCCUGUAACUGGAGCACUGAAUGGAUCAGUACAUACACACACACACACACACAGUUCUCUUCUGUUUGGACACGCCCUCAACAAGGCCGGCCUCCCAGCUCUAUUUCUUGGCCAAUCAGAGGCACUGAAUGGUGUCUCCUCCAAUCAUCUGUGGCGCAGACAUUACUGUAACUCUGAUAAAGAGAGUGUGUGUGUGUUUCAGCGUGUGUGUCAGUCAUAUACUCUCAGUUUGGUCCAGUUCUCAUCACUGAGGAGAAAUCCAACAGGAGGAACACACACGCUGCAGCAGAUGGCCUUGAGGGUGAAUCUGAUGUGUGUGUUGUUUGUUGGACCUCUACCACACACGUACACAGAGAAGGACGUUCACACACUGCUGAAGCCAUACGGUAUACUGCGCUCAGUCAGACUACUGCACAGUACACACAAGCUGCAUGCUAUAGUUGAGUUCCAGCAUUUAGAGGGAGCUGAACUCGCUCUGCAGUCUCUCACUAAUCUCCAAAUAGAAGACACCAUGAUAAAGCUCCAGCGUCCGGUUAACGAGCUGACUCUGGAUCUGGACACGUCUCUUGCUGAACUGCAGAACGACGUCCAGAACAGUCACAUGAUCUAUGUAGGCCGGUUGUCACGGCAACGCCGUCACCAGCUCCUACAGGCUUUCGUCUCGCUCGGACCCGCUUGUGACCUCACCCCCGCCAAGGAUUCUGGGAAACGUCGAAGACACACACGCAUCAAGUUCGUCAGGUCUGACAGUGCCUGUGCUGCCCUCCGCUCCAUGGUGCAGACGGGAAACAGGAAGUUACAUAUGUGUCGCUCUCUCACACCUGCACACAUGCUCACCUGGACACACACCAACCCUGUCACCGUGGAAACAACCGUAGAGCCCGCUGGUUUGGAGGAGCGGACAGUACGAGAGGAGGCGGAGCCUGCAGGACUCACCUGUGCACAGGACGGAGAGAUGCAGCGCAUGAUGCGGAGACUGGACAGGAACGUGGGGAAAAUGUUCAGGGCGCUGGAGAGACACACACUCAGCAUCAUCCUCCUCCCUGGGUUUAUAUGCAACGGAGUGGAAUAUCACGGCCUCUGUUUCAUUCAGGUGAAGCAGGUCUAGGUCAAAGGUGUCACCGGACCUGGCCUGCGGGUCACCACGGCAACCAAACUGACCUCAUGAAAUAUGGACUUCAGUGUUGUUCACCCUGUGUGUGUGUGUGUGUGUGUACAACUUCAUUUAUACACAAACACCUUAACCUGAGGACCUCAUUAAAGCAGUUCAUCUGAUUAAUAACGUUUACUACAGACAGGAAUCUGGUCAUGUUUAAUCUCACACACACACACACACACACAGAGGAAUGAACUCAAAUGAACAGACUGUUCUAAUGAUUUGAAUUUUUAAUGACUUUCUACUGUGUGUGAAAGUAUUUUCUAUAAAAAAAAGAAAAAGUGAUUGUAAAGAGUCUGAGUGAAACUUCAUGAUGACCUAAAGAUUAUUUUCUGAAGCUCUGAAGAGGAGAAAAAUCAGAUCAGCAUUAGAUAUUUAAAAGGAGAAAGCAUUAGGACUGGAAGAUGAAGUGGGUGUGGCCAAGGGGAAGACUAAAGCAGUGCAGGUCAUAUCCAGGUGAAAGGAUCUAAUAAGGUGAGGGCUAUGGGUUAGAGGAUCUAGUGGAAAACUGGAUGAGUGGAGUGGGUGUGGCUAGAUGAAGGGGUGGAGCCUGUGAGAGCUGAAGGAGGUGGUGCUUAAGUUCUGAGUUGUGCCAGUCAGAGCUGUCCAUAAAAUCCACUAUGAAGGAGCCUC